AUGGCCUACCUCGGGGAGCGCAAGAAGCUAUACGGCAAGAGCGCGCCGAAACUGCCCGGGCUCGAGGAGUACACCAACGAUCAGCUGUUCUUCUUAGCCGGCUCGCUGAAAUUCUGCGGUCGCCAACCGCCCCUGCUUCACGCUACUGACUCUUGGUAUAUGGGGGAACACCCGGAAGGAACGGUGCGCAACAACGAGCGCCUGAAAAACUUUGAGUUUUUCGCCAGCGCUUUUAAGUGCAAGUUGAACUCGACGAUGAACCCGCCGAAGAAGUGCCAGGUCUACCGCCGCAUCCAUCGUCAC